AUGUUCAAACCAAGCGGUGUUGUGGGGCUGCGGGUGAGUGUCCACCGAACCCUUAACGAGGCUAAUCCCACAGCAGCACAUUCCGAGCAGCUAAUGGGUGCAAGGGCUUCGCUCGCUCUCAGAUCUCUGCGCUGCGGAUGGACUGGGCGCCUUGUUCAGGGGGCGGUCGCAAGUCUCUUAUUAGCAAUGAUCGGCCACAGGGAAACGUGGACAGCAGAAUUUGCUCCGGACAGACUUAAACACCAAGCACAGAAAUCAUGGAUAGAAAGAGCAUUUUACAAGAGAGAAUGUGUUCAUAUCAUACCCAGCACCAAAGACCCCCAUAGGUGUUGCUGUGGGCGUCUAAUAGGUCAACAUGCUGGACUGACUCCAAACAUCACUGUUCAGAAUGAGAAAAAUGAAAGCAGGCUUACUCGCAAUGACAUCCAGUCGGAGAAGUGGUCCAUCAGCAAGCACACGCAGCUCAGCCCAACAGAUGCUUUUGGAACCAUUGAGUUCCAAGGAGGAGGCCACUCCAAUAAAGCCAUGAUAUACAUUGGAGGAUAG